AGUUGUUGUUUUGUAUUUACACUAAAUUCUUUGUACUUCGUAUCUUUUUGGGUUGUUGUGUUGCAGUGCCUCAUUUGAAAAACGUCCGAGACAAAAAGUCAAUUCAUCACAAUGCAAUUAAGUAUGCAACGUGCUUAUGUGAGAAAAUAGAAAAUCUGAGUUACGAAGAAGUUUACUAUAUUGCUGGCAAUUCUCUGCUUGAUGCAGCGUGUUAUGACAACUAUGAGCUUGUUGAACUUAUACUCAGAAGAUUCCCUUAUUUAGCUUUUUAUAAUGAUCAUAAUGAGAAGACUAUCUUACACAUUGCAAUAGAGAAUCGCUGCAAAAAUGUGUUUAAGUUGGUCUGUCAGAUGAGCCAGCUUCUGCACCAUAUGGUGAUUUCUACUAACUCCUCUAGCAAUACCAUCUUGGAUUUGGCUGGAAAGUUGGCACCACAAAAUAAGCUAAACCUUGUCUCUGGACCAGCUUUUCAGAUGCAACGAGAACUACAGUGGUUUAAGGAAGUAAAGCAGAUAGUCCCGCCUGCGUUCUGGAAACGCUUAAAUGCUGAGAAGAAAGCUCCACAUGUGGUAUUUACUGAGGAACAUGAGAAGUUAAAAGUAGAUGGAGAGAAAUGGAUGAAAGACACAUCAAGCUCAUGCACAAUUGCAGCAUCACUGAUUGCUACCAUCGCAUUUGCUGCAGCAAUUACAGUACCAGGUGGCAAUGACCAACAAAGUGGAUUCCCCACUUUCUCUGGAAACAUUGCUUUCAUUAUUUUUGCAAUCUCGAAUGCAGCUUCAUUGUUCACUUCUAGCACCUCUCUAUUGGUGUUCUUGUCAGUUUUGACGUCUCGUUAUGCAGAAGAAGAUUUCCUGCAUACUUUGCCAAGGAGUCUUAUCCUGGGACUGCUAACUCUGUUUCUUUCCAUAACAUCCAUGAUUAUUAGCUUCAGUGCAACGGUGUAUCUCAUGUUUGGGCAGAAGAAAGCAUGGGUUCUUCUACCAGUCGCGACAAUGGCUUGCCUACCCAUUACUUCAUUUGUGCUUCUGCAAUUUCCCCUCCUUGUUGCUCUCAUUUCCUCAACAUAUGGGGCUGGCAUUUAUGGAAAUUAAAGAAGAGUAACUUCAUGUUUUAGCGACUAUUAAAGUAUUAUUUUUUAUUGCUUGUUUUAA